UGUAAAACUAACAUAGUACAGUAAAAUUCAUGAUGAAAUCAAUUUUCAACGACAAUUUAUAUUGGAAAAGAUUUAUCAAAUGGUGGCUUGUGAAUCAUCGUUUUAUCUUUGUAAAACCAGCAUAUAUAAUGUACUAUCUUCCUCAUAUGAUUGAGGCAUACAAACACAGCGAGAAGAAUGAUUCGUUACCAAAGGCCUCUUUUUAUAAAUCAUUAUUACUACACGCAGAACAAUUUGAAAAGGACUUGGAAACCUUCAAACUUGACAAGACCAACUUUGAAAUAGAAUGUUUUGCGCCAGAAGUGAAACAAGAUUGUAUAAACUGGUCGAAAAUGUUACAACAUUGGAAAACCAUACUCGAGGAUCCAAAACAUCAACAAUUUACUGAAGUUACUGAAGCAUUACAGAAGUUAAGAUUGCCUUGCUUUUCAAAAAUUAAUAGGGUAUUUGCAUGA